GUGUGUCAAAUUACUACUUUAUGGGCCUAUUUUUUAAUUUUUUUUCUUUCCUUUCUUUUCAUUGCAUGUUAAGGCUCCUCCCUAUAAUCAUCAUGCCCAAAGCAUCUAAAGCACCCGCAAAAGGUUUCUACGCUGUUCAUGUCGGAAAGACCAAAGGCAUUUACUUUACAUGAUACACCUUAUCACUGUUAUGACAAAUAGGCCAGAAUGUGAGAAGCAGGUCAAAGGAUUUAUCGGUGCCAAGUAUAAGAAGUUUGAGACCCAAAAAGAAGCAGAGGAAUUUGUCAAAAACGGUCCCAAAGCAUACACAAAACCUUCAUACAAAGCAGCUGUAGGAUCAUCAAGUGCUAGGCCAUCGCCCUAUAACGCCGCUGCAUCCUCAUCAAAAGCUUCAGGGGCUUCUUCAUCAUCUAAUACAGCCACAACAUCAACGUCAACUGGAACAGAGAGUAGUAAAGAUCAUCGUAUAGUUAACGGUGUCCGAGUCAUAUCAGAUGCAAUUGUAGCAUACACUGAUGGCAGCUCACUUGGGAAUGGCAAAUCGAAUUCACGAGCAGGAGUAGGAGUCUUCUUUGGGGUGAAUGACCCUAGAAAUGUGAGCGAAAGACUGGAUGGAGAUCUUCAAACUAAUCAGAGAGCAGAGCUGACUGCUGCACUCAGAGCACUGGAAGUGUGUGGAAGCGACACUGCACCACUCGAGAUCAGAACAGACAGCAUGUAUACCAUAAACAUUGUAACAAAGUGGGCUGAGAGCUGGAUUAAGAAUGACUGGAAGCGCGGUGAUGGUGGUAGUGUACAGAAUCGCGAUAUAAUCGAACCUCUUAUUAACAAAGUCAAGAGUCGGCCUGGCCCUAUCAAAUGGGUGUUUGUUAAGGGACAUGCCGGCACAUUCGGAAACGAAAUGGCAGACAAGUUGGCCAACUCUGGUGCCAUCCUACCCAAGCCUUCUGCUAUGUGAAUCCACAUCUUCAUUACAACAACAAUAUAUUUAUAACAUUACUGGAUAAAAGCCUCUAGACAAGCAAAGCAUACGCUUGUGCCCAUAAUAUGCC